GUGGAAGCCGCGAUGAACAGCUGAUCCUCCCGCAGUGGAUAAAACCAGUCACAAUGGUGACCGCCAAGUCCUGAUUUCUGAUCCUACGCAUGGCACUAUGUGAAUAGAUAUUGGAAGAGUAGAAAAAGGAGAAUUAUUAGAAGGAAAGUAGGGUUAAGGAGUGUUUUGGAGCGUGUUAUUAAGUUUUUUUUCUCGGUUUGGACCUGUCGAUCAUCGGUGUCACAGACGGACACGCUGUGCGCUCAGACUACCUGCCGCUCCUCGCUCUGCGCUCACCGACGCUCAAUUAUGUUAUUGUCCAGUUUCCUCAUUUUUACCUUUUCUUACUUUAUGGCGCCUCUGUUCCUCUGCUACCUGCCUCAAGUGUCGGCACAGAAGUCUGGGUCACGGUGGCUGAUUGGAGACAGAGACAGAGACUGUGGGAUCGCCUGCUCACGGACGGGGAAGCCGGUGUGUGGUUCAGAUGGGCGGAGUUAUGAGUCCAACUGUGAAUUGCAGAAGGCGCGCUGCAAAGACAAGACACUCACACUGGCACACCGAGGUCGUUGUCGAGGUAAAAACUGGGUGUUGCCGGUGGCUCCAGCACCGACUGCCACAUCUGAAGGGAGAGACCUCGAGCUCAAAGAUGCAGGACAGUCAAAGUGUCGUGUUGAGAGGAACCAGGCUCUGGAACAAGCCAGAAGACCUCAGUCUUCCGAAUCCAUGUUCAUCCCAGAAUGCAAUGAAGAUGGAACAUUUGCCCAGGUCCAGUGCCAUACUUUUACUGGUUAUUGUUGGUGUGUUACCAGCGACGGCAAGCCAGUGAGUGGCUCCUCUGUGCACAACAGGACCCCGGUGUGUUCAGGAAACUUCCGUGAAUUUAUGGGAACUCAUGCUGGGACAAGUGGAUUGUCAGGGUCAGUAACUGAUAAGCCACCAGGGCCACCAAACUCGGGUAGAAAAGUCUCUUUCCGUUUCUUUCUCACCCUCAACCCAGAUGAUGGCUCCAAGCCCACACCCACAAUGGAGACUCACGUUCCCCCUGAGGGUGAUGAGAUAACUGCUCCAACUCUAUGGAUAAAACAGCUGGUUUACAAGCAGAACAACUCCUCUUCCAGGAAACCAGACUACAUAAAAUGUUACCAGAGGCCACUAUCUGAGAAAGUUCCCUCUUGUGACCAGGAGAGACAGGGCGCUCAGGAAGAGGCUCGGCAGAAUUCCCGCGAGACCAUUUUUAUCCCCGACUGUGGGCCUGGAGGCCUUUACAAACCGGUCCAGUGCCACCAGUCCACAGGCUACUGUUGGUGUGUUCUGGUAGACACGGGACGCCCUAUUCCUGGAACCUCCACCAGGUACCAGACGCCCGAGUGCGAUGGAGCUGCACGAUCUCGCGUCUCAGACACAGAGGAGGCAUUCCAAGGCAGAGAACUAACAGGCUGCCCUGAGGGCAAGAAAAUGGAAUUCAUUACAAGCUUGGUAGAUGCCCUCACCACAGACAUGGUGCAAGCCAUAAACUCACCAGCCCCCUCUAGUGGUGGGAGGUUUGUGGAGCCUGACCCCAGUCACACUUUAGAGGAGAGGGUGGUGCACUGGUACUUUGCCCAGUUGGACGACAAUGGUAGCCAAGACAUCAAUAAGAAGGAACUAAAGCCUUUCAAGAAGUAUUUGAAGAAGAAAGCCAAACCCAAGAAAUGUGCCCGAAGGUUCACCGACUACUGUGACCUGAAUAAGGACAGAGCCAUUUCCCUGCAGGAGCUGAAAGGCUGCCUGGGCGUCACCAAGGAGGGUAGCUCAACAACAAGUGGCAACCAAGGGACAAGGCAAGGGACAAAUUUGUUCAGUUCCCAGUAGGUCGUCUGGUGUGAGAAGAGAAGGAUCUAGAAGCUGAGACGAGAGCAGAGGGCACAGAGGGAAGGCAUCUGCACGCUUGUUGAUGGGACAGAGACAGGCGGAGCAGAACAAUUAAGAAGUUCCUGAGUUUUGUAAAUGAACAGAAAAAAUGGAAAAGAAAAACAAAGUGGCGCCAAAAUAUUUGCACUUUCUUCUCCCUAUGUUUGACAUUUUAUUUGUUUUUACUUUUUUUUCCCCCUCUCUUGAAGUGACUGAAAAAUAUCUAGGUAAGAAUGAGAAUAUAUUUGCAAAGAUAUGACAGGCUCACCACUGGAAGAGCAAGUAUGUGUAUAUUACCACAACUCCCUGUGUCAAGUCCGAUGUUUUGAUUCCUUUUCUCUGUCCUCAGAUAACACGAGGUACUAAUACAUGUUUUUUUUGUCGUGUGAAUUAAACUUACUGGCCCUUUGUUACAAAAAGCACAUAAGUCAGUUGCAACACAUAAAAGAGGAUCUUGCAGUGAGUCACAUACAGGCUGAAUAGUGCUCGUUUAAGAUAUAUUCUAAAAGAAGAUCUACAAGUCAGUCUAGACCAACUAAAACGAAUGUGUAAUGUUGUAUGUGAGCAUGCAAUAUUAUGUGAAUGGCAUGUAUUGGAAUUAAACUGUGAGUUGAGUCUA